AUCCACAUACCCAUUUCAAUCAAACAUUUUCACCUGCAAACUUGUGAAGCUCGUUUUGAUUCAUAUUGUUGAAUUUGUGAAGUUUAUAGUAAUGGCGGAUUCAAAUGCACCAGAGCAGCAGGAUCGUGGGCUGUUUGGGAAAAACAAAGACGAAAAGACGGCACAGCAGCAGCAGCAUGGUGAGUGUGGGAUUGGAGAGAAGAAAGGAGGAGGUUUGGUAGACAAGAUAAAAGAGAAUCUUCCUGGGCAGAAGAAAGAAGGGCAAGUGAUCCAUGAAGACAAACAAGAGAAGCAAGGAGGAGGGAUGAUGGACAAGGUUAAGGAAAAGUUUCCUGGACAAAAGAAAGAAGGCCUGAUGUAUCUGAAUGGGUACUGUCUUUAUGUUUAUAUGAUAUUACUUAAUAAUGGGACGCUUAUGUUCUUUUGGAAUGCUGAAACUUGGCGACUUGUUCUUAAAAUCCUGGAUUACUUCACAGUAAUGGCGGAUUCAAAGGGUGGGUUGACGGAACAGAUGAAGGAAAAGCUUCCUGCACAGAAGAAAGGAGGAGAAGUCGGGCAUGAAGAGAAACAAAGCAUUGGAGGGUUUAUGCAACAGAUGAUCGACAAAAUCCCGGGAGAGAAGAAAGGAGAAAUGGGUCAAGAGACGCAACAUAAAGGAGGGUUGAUGCAGCAGAUAAUCGACAAAAUUCCGGGAGAGAAGAAAGGAGAAAUGGGCCAAGAGCCGCAAAAUAAAGGAGGAUUGAUGCAACAGAUAAUCGACAAAAUCCCUGGACAGAAGAAAGAAGUGGGGCAUCAAGAGAAGAAAAAUGAAGGAGGGUUUAUGGAACAGAUAACUGACAAGCUUCCUGCACAGAAGAAAGAAGUGGGGCAUCAAGAGAAGCAAAAUGAAGGAGGGUUUAUGGAACAGAUAACUGACAAGCUUCCUGCACAGCGGAAAGGAGGAGAAGUGGGGCAUCAAGAUAAAAAGGACAAGGGAGGUUUGAUGGAUCAGAUAAAGGAGAAACUCCCAGGCAACGAGAAAGCCCAGUAG